AUGUUGGUCGUUCCCAAACUCGUUCCGAAGAUAUCAAAUAUGUUCCAGGUGGCAGGAUUAAUAUUAUCUUUUGGUUUGAUAUUGAGCACGUCGCUGAAUCACCAGCCGUUGCAGUCGGCUGUCGGGUUCUCCAUCUUAGGGUAUAUCGUGUCAAAUUACCUGAUACCCAGGGCUGCUCCGGUCUUCAUCAGAAAAGGCUUGAGCGGCAAAGAUUUGUCCAAGGUUGGAAACCCGGUUCUGGCCGAGGCAAUCGGAGUUAUCCCAGCUAUCACAUAUUUGUUUCUGAUGUUCCUCUUCAUCCCGUUUCUGUUCUUCAAGUUCUUGAUAACAGAGACCAGCGGAGGUGGCUCAAGGGAUUCGGGACACACUGUGUUGGAGGACGUGGGGUCGCUUUUUCCACAUAACAAACUGGCCUCCUAUCUUUCCUCGAUAUUGUGUCUCGAGAGUGUUAUUUUGCUUGGUCUCAUGGACGACCUGUUUGACCUGAGAUGGAGACACAAGUUUCUCAUUCCGGCUGUAGGGGCCAUUCCUCUUUUGAUAGUAUACUACAUCGACUUUGGAGUGACCUGGAUCCUUGUUCCUAAGUUUGUGAGGCAAUUGACGGGCUGGGAGCAGACCAGCAUUGAUUUGGGAUGGCUAUACUACGGCUACAUGGGUGCACUCAUAAUCUUCUGUCCCAACUCGGUCAACAUUCUUGCUGGUGUCAAUGGACUUGAAGUGGGUCAGACUGUGGUUUUGGGUGUUCUAGUUCUUCUGAACGAUUUGUGCUACUUGGUGAGCCCAGACUCUCCUGCUUUCGAGACCCAUCUCUACUCGGCAUGUAUGCUGAUACCCUUCCUUGGAGUUGCACUGAGUUUGCUCAAAUGGAACUGGUUUCCGGCAAAAGUGUUUGUAGGAGACACUUUCUGUUACUUUAGCGGUAUGGUCUUUGCGGUGGUCGGGAUCUCGAGCCACUUCUCAAAGACGUUACUGCUAUUUUUCAGCAUGCAGAUUGUCAAUUUUGUGUAUUCCUCGCCUCAGCUAUUUGGACUCGUGUUUUGCCCAAGACACAGAUUGCCCAAGUUCAAUUCCGAAGACGGGAAGCUAUAUCCAUCCCGUGCGAAUUUCAAGGAGAAACCUCUGAAAAAGUGGGUUGCCGCGGCCAUGCUGCUGCUGGAAAGGUUCAAGCUGGUGCAGCUGACGAAGAAGGAUGGGAUCAUUGAAGAAAGCUCUAACUUGACAAUCAUCAACCUGUUUCUGGUAUGGUUUGGUCCCAUGAGAGAGGACCAGCUCUGCAGCGCUCUGCUAUUUACCCAGUUUGCUGUUGGACUAGUGUGUCUGGUACUGAGACACACUCUGGCAUCCCUUCUGUUUGGUUACGACAAUUUGUUUUUGAAGUUUGUGUCAUAG